AUGGCUUUUCGCAUGGCACAAGACCUGGGAUUGCAGCAGGAUCCAAAGUUUUGGGCUAGAGAGGGCUCCAUCGUCAACAGUGAAGUAGAGCUCCGAAUCAGGCGACGCGUCUAUUGGGGAUUUUACGUUGCAGACAAGUUGAUAAGCCUAUAUCUAGGUCGACCUGUGUACCUAAGCGAGCAGGACGCCGCAGUCGACCCCCUGGACUUCUCAAGGGUUCCCGAAGUGCCUGAUUUCCUGAAAGAAUCCACAGCAGCAGAAUUGACCGAUAUUCGGCAAGAAAUCGUGGCACUCCAAGCUUUUGCAUUCUUGGUUGAACUGAGUAAGAUCAUUGAAGACGUCCUCUCUCAAAUCUUCGGAACGAAAAUGAUCAAGAAGUCUCGGAAAGAAUUGGUUUUGUCCCGCUCAGCACGAGUAGAAGAGCUCAACGUACGCUUACUACGCUGGCAUUCCCAACUGCCCAAGCAGCUAGCCUGGAAUCAGUGGAACCCCCCACCAGAGCCUUUCAGGCCUCACAUCGCACUUCUGCAGCACUUCAUCAGGCCAACACCUGGAUUUGUUCUUCGAAAAGAGUCCUUGAACACUUGUAUGGCAUCAGCAGACAGCAUUGUUGCCAUGCUUCGCCAAUACCAAGCUCAAUUCGGAAUAAAGAACUGCCCCAUUGUUCUUGUCUACAGUGUCAUCGCAGCAGCAAGUGCCCUCUUGCUUUGUCUAAGCCCGGUGGCUGCCGCCUCAGAGCUUGACCAGCGAUUGAAGUUUCUUCUCGCAUCGCUGGAUGAGUGCUCCGCAACUCAUGACACGGCGGAAGAAGCACGAAGCAGAUUUCAGCAGAGCCUGGAAAAGAAAUCCUCGGAACUCCUUCCUGCUCAGCCGGAGCGCUUUCCGACACCGUUGCUUGGAGAGCAGGUCUUAAACCAAGAGCAGCACUCGUCAAGUCCAUGGACGGAGUGGGAGCUCAGCGGUGCAACGGGCCUUGUGGAUCUCCCGGGCUCUGUGUUCGAUGGUUCAUCUUUUGCCUACGGUAUGUCUCCCCUCACACAUAAUUUCGAUCCAAUACUGUUCUCGACCCUUGAGUCGCCGCAGAUGGGUCCGUGGCUGGACGGACUGGAAAUGAAUGAUGUUGGAAUAUAG